UUCAUUUCAUAUACUCCGUAAUUUCAUUUCAUCUAUUCUUGUUCUUCUGAGAUAACAAAAGUGAAAGAGCUAAAUUAUCAGCAAAUAUGUUAGGUAUAUUCAGCAGCUCCGUCGUGUCACCGCCAGACGAGCUCGUCGCAGCUGGCAGCCGAACUCCAUCACCAAAGACGGCAGCGGCCACUCUGCUGAAGCGUUUCACUAAUAGUAACCCGUCAACAGUGUCAGUGGAAAUCGGAGAUCAAGUCCGGUUUGCCUAUACUCACCAGAACGAAUCGUCGUUACAACCGAGAAUGUUUGGUGUAAAGGAUGAGAUAUUCUGCAUGUUUGAGGGAGCUCUAGACAAUUUGGGCAGAUUAAGACAACAGUAUGGACUGGCCAAGUCUGCCAAUGAAGUUGUUUUGGUGAUUGAGGCUUAUAAAGCUUUGCGUGACAGAGCACCUUAUCCUCCCAGUCAUGUUGUUGGUCAUCUUAGUGGAUCCUUUGCUUUCAUACUUUUUGACAAAUCCACUUCUAACCUUUUUGUGGCCUCUGAUCAAUUUGGUAAGGUACCACUAUUUUGGGGAAUUACUGCUGAUGGAUAUGUAGCAUUUGCUGAUGAUGCUGAAUUGCUUAAAGGUGCUUGUGGCAAGUCACUUGCUUCUUUCCCUCAAGGAUGUUUCUACUCAACGGCUGUUGGAGGACUGAUGUGCUAUGAGAAUCCUAAAAAUAAGAUUACUGCAGUGCCUGCUAAUGAAGAGGAUUUCUGGGGUGCAACCUUCAAGGUAACAAAAUGAGAACAUAAGUCAAAUAAUGUGACCAAGAUUAUAAUUAAAUUUCCCUUAGGUUGAAGGGGCAACAGUUCUUGCAGCCAGAGAGUAGACAUUUUUAUGAGUGUGAAUGCUUUCUGAUGUGUGAGUGGAGCAAUGUAAUUAAAUGUCUUGAUGAUGAGUGAUAACUGAAAUGAAGCAAAGUGUAACCUUGUUCAUUAGAUGUAUAAUUUACUGUUUCUAUCAUUAAUGUAUAGUUAUGCUUUUUCAAUCUAAUAAUAAUAAUUCUGCUUGUGGUUC